UCUCAUUUCAUUUCUCUUCUUCUAAUUUCAAAACUUUUCCUACUCUACACAACCCAAAAAAUUCUCUGUGUGAGAAUUGCUCAGACAACAUCUAGUUACUCAUGGUUUAAUUUAAACCUCAACGAAGGGUUACAUUCCCUUCUUGAACUCGCAGCAAUGUGUUGUCUUACCUAAUUCCCCAGGGAUCUAUUGAGAUCGCUGGAUCUUUAGGUCACUGGACCACUGGUUCACUGGUUCACUGGGGUUGAAUUGAGCUCGAGCUCCUGCUUAACAUCGGCAAUGGCCGGUUCUUGUGGUCCUCGGGAUAAAGCCAGUACCCCGCGACUUUUUGAGUAGAGCUUUGGAGAGCUUGGAGAAAGUCGCCAAUUAACUUUCAACUACUCUCCAACACGUAUAACGUGCAACAUUCCUCAUUCUUGUUACUGUUUGAUCACAACCAGUUGGAACUUUCAUGCUUUAUAUCAUGAGGGUACCCUUAGUUGCGCGGAGCUCCUUGAGAGGUUCAAGACGAGCUUUCUCAGCUACUUCGAGGCGGUCAGAGAGCUAUGGCUUUAUCGGCCUAGGUCAGAUGGGGUACCAAAUGGCCAAGAAUCUACAAUCAAAGCUCCCGCCGAAUGAUACUCUGAGGCUGUUUGACAUCAAUCACGAUGCGACGAAACGCUUAGCCGAGGAGAUGCGGGUUUCCCAAACUGGCGGUGCAGCUGUUGAGAUUGCACGAGGCAUACAUGAUGCCACGCAACAAGCGGAUAUAGUAAUUACGGUUUUACCCGAGCCAUCGCACGUCAAGAGCGUAUAUGGAGAGAUAUUAUCACCACAUUUACCCCAGAAAGACAGGGUGUAUAUCGAUUGCUCGACGAUCGACCCAUCGUCGUCCCGAGAGGUUGCAAAGUGGGUUGCAGAUGCAAAUCAAGGCCAAUUCGUUGAUGCUCCUAUGUCGGGCGGGGUUGUAGGUGCUGCCGCAGGCUCGUUGACCUUCAUGUUGGGUGCUCCUGACAGUCUGGUACCGAAGCUAGAGCCGAUUCUGCUACGCAUGGGGAAGCGAGUGUUGCAUUGCGGUGCGCAAGGCAAUGGACUAAGCGCGAAGUUGGCAAAUAACUACUUGCUUGCCAUUAACAACAUCGCAACUGCGGAAGCCAUGAACCUAGGCAUCAGAUGGGGUCUUGAUCCUAAGAUAUUGGCGAAUAUUAUCAACGUCAGCACGGGCAGAUGCUGGCCUAGCGAAGUCAACAACCCGGUGAAAGGAGUUGUUGAGACCGCACCAGCUGGCCGUGACUAUUCUGGCGGGUUUGGUAUUAGCUUAAUGAAAAAGGACUUGAAACUUGCCAUCAUAGCUGCAAAGGAAACUGAUGCGAAGUUGGAACUCGGAGAUCGAGCGAGGGAGGUUUACGAGCAGGCAGAGCAAGUAGAUUCCUGUAAAGGCCGAGACUUUUCCGUCAUUUAUAGAUUUCUUGGCGGUAAGGAAUGAUAUUAUGUAAAUGUCAACGGUAUAAUCUGAUCUUAUCUGAUCCAGUCAGUGAAGCAUGCAGGUACCUAGAUACAUCAUAUACAUAUAUAGGGCAUGUGCUUCGCUCCGGGCCCUAAGAUCCGGAUGGCGGGAGCCCGGAGAACUGCGCUAGAACCGUAGC